AUGUGGUCUGUGGACGUCAUCAUCCUCCUGCUGUUCUGCUACGCUUGUCUUUCAACUGGAAAUGGAGAAGUGCGUUUUGUCUCGAAGAACUUUCACAAUGUUCUCCACUGGGACCCUGUGGCACCGACCUCCUCAGGGGAACAGGUGCUCUACAGUGUCCAGUAUGAUGGAGAGCAGUUCCAGAUGAAACAAGAGUGUCAGAACAUCAGCGCUCUGACCUGUGACCUGACUGCGGAAACGCCAUCGGUUCCCAACGUUGAUUACAUCGCCAAGGUGCUCGUUAACGGCAGCAUGAUUGGCCGCACCAACCCCAGGUUCAAACCUAUAGCAGAAACCACGCUGGGUGCCCCCAACUUGUCCACACACGCAAACGUGUCCUCCCUGUUUGUUAAUGUCACUCUGCCCUUGGGGCCGAAUGGAGUCUCCGUGGCGGACAUCAUCAGCAACAGCAAAAGUGGGCCGUCCCAAACUGUGAUCGAAUAUACCUUACAGAUCACAGAGCCAAAGUGGGCUGCGUUGGUCAGUGAAGGCACCACCGGCCACUUUGUCAUCAACCUGAAGAACAACGGAACAAAAUACUGCGGCCAUGUGGUCUACAAGCCUUUUGCUGAAUAUGGCCGCAACUUGAGUGAGGAGGCCUCGUUCUGCGUCACAUUAGCAGAUAUCCCAGGGAUGCUCACACCGUGGCUGAUCGCCAUGGCUGCUCUUCUGGUGGCCAUCAUCACGACGUCAGUCGCGUGGACGUGCAAUUAUGUGAAGGGUGGAAAGAAAACCGACUUGCCAGGCUCACUGGGAACCACAUCCGGCACCUCCAAGCAUCAAGUACUGCAAUCUCCAGACGUCCGUAUCAUCUCUACACCGGUGGUCUGCAGUCCAAGUUACAAAGCACCUUUCACCUCCAUCCAGUUGAAGACACAUGCGUCUUCAGAUAGGGUUGGGGGUUACUCACCCCAGGACAUGCCCUUCCAGGCCUGGAAAGACAGCACCGGGACGUCUGAGGACACUGGUGAACACAGUCCAACCUCAAGUCACCCGGGAACGAGCGGCCAGUCCUCAGAAAUCUACAGUUCAGUGGCUGUUCACCCUGAUCCGAAUGCUUGUGAGAGCAAUGCCGCCAUUUGUCUGGACACGUUGCGGGACACCAACGGACAACUGGUGCUGUCUUCGCUCGCUCCUCUGUUACAGAGCUGCCCAGGUGACACAGGGAGAACCCCUCUAUUAUCGUCCCUCAUAGACUCUACGGAGGAACGACCAUUGUUAGCAUCGCUGAACAGCUUCGACAGCUCGGACUCCGGCUGCGAUGACGGCACCGUAAACUCACCAGCCCAGCCGUACGCCAACAGCCAUUAUAUCGCAUCUCAUGUAUCUGUUCCACAUUUGAACCUUCAGGGUCAGGAGGCGCCAUCUUGUGACGCUGUAUUCGGAACAGGUUACAAACAAAACUGGCUCCCUGCAAUCCUUCAUAAAGCGGCGUCCAAAGACAUUUGUGGAUACACUCGGACAAACUAUCGAAGGAACUGGACUCCUCCCAAAGAGGAGGAGGAAGGUGAAGAAGAUGACGACAGGGGAGAGGAGAGAUCGAGGCAAAUUCUGGGGGAGUGGUUGGUACAACUUCAAGAAUAG